CAGCCCAUCUGAUGUGAAAACACGUUUGAACCCCAAAUACGAAAGGCUAAUUUUCAGUCACCAAUGGCGACUGAGGAAGGCUUCAUUUGACAAAUAUGGGAACGUUGUUACAAGAUAAAGAUUGAUUUAAGAAGUUUCAACUACAUCUAUACAAUUGAAGCUAAAAGAUUAUUUCCGAGUGUCUGCAUUUCCCUCUUUUUUGAAAAGAGAAAGAUUAAGCUAAAAUCUUGGAGAUAUAUUAAUUAAAACCCAAGAAGAAAGAGUAAAUACUCGGGGAAGAUGGCAGCUCCAUUGUCAGCUUGGCCUUGGGAGAACUUGGGAAUCUUCAAGUAUCUGCUAUAUGGACCUCUGCUUGCAAAAGUCAUAUAUUCACAGAUUCAUCAGGAGGAUACUUUCAUGAUUAAUUGGUGUCUCCAUAUUCUCAUUAUUAGUGCUCUUCGAGGAGCACUUCAUAUUUUCUGGAGUUCUUUCGUUAACAUGCUUUUCCUCACAAGUAAUCGCCGGAUAAACCAACAAGGCUAUGAUUUCAAGCAGAUAGACAAAGAAUGGGAUUGGGAUAAUUUCAUACUUCUUCAAGCUUCAAUUGCAUCCAUGGCAUGUUAUAUCUUCCCAUCAUUCAUUGAAAAUGUUCCUGUGUGGAACACAAAAGGAUUCAUUACUAUUUUGAUACUGCAUGUGGGAAUUUCAGAGCCACUAUACUAUUGGGUACAUAGAUACUUCCAUGGAAGUUAUCUUUUUACCCAUUACCAUUCAAUCCAUCAUUCAUCGCCUGUGCUUCAUCCCUUUACAGGUGCAACUGCAACAAUUUUGGAGCAUCUUGUACUAACCACGAUUACUGGAAUUCCAAUGAUGGGGUCUUAUAUGAUGGGAUGUGGAUCAACAACCUUGAUUUAUGGUUAUAUUUUGGCAUUUGAUUUCCUUAGAUGCUUGGGACAUUCCAAUGUUGAAAUUGUUCCUCAUCGAUUGUUCGAGAUUUUCCCCUUCUUUAGAUAUCUCCUCUAUACACCAUCAUACCACAGCCUACACCACAUAGAGAUGGGCACCAACUUCUGUCUCUUCAUGCCUCUGUUUGAUGCGAUAUGGAAGACCCUUAACACCAAUUCUUGGGAUCUCCACAGCCAAAUAUGUACAAAUGCAGGGAAAAAAGGGAGAGUGCCUGAUUUCGUGUUCUUAGCCCAUGUGGUGGAUGUUUCAUCUUCACUGCAUGCACCAUUUGUUAACAGGGCGUUUGCGUCAUUGCCAUACGCGGCCAAUCUAGCCCAUAUGCUAUUUCUGCCAUUUUGGCCGGUGGCAUUUAUGGUGAUGUUAGCCAUGUGGGCUAGGGCUAAGACCUUCCUAGUAUCCUUCUACAAUCUAAGAGAUAGAUUGCAUGCGACAUGGGUUGUGCCUAGGUUCGGCUUUCAGUAUUUCCUACCAUUUGCUCAAGAGGGCAUUAACAAACAUAUAGAAGAAGCCCUUCUUAGAGCUGAUCGAGAUGGGGUGAAGGUCAUUAGUCUUGCUGCAUUAAACAAGAAUGAAGCACUGAAUGGUGGUGGAACGCUAUUUGUGAACAAGCAUCCAAACCUUAGAGUUCGAGUGGUCCAUGGAAAUACCUUAACAGCUGCAGUUAUUCUCAAUGAAAUCCACAAGGAUGUGAAAGAAGUGUUUCUAACAGGAGCUACUUCUAAACUUGGAAGAGCGAUUGCCCUCUAUCUUUGUCAAAGGAGAGUAAGGGUCCUUAUGCUUACUCUAUCAACCGAAAGAUUCCAUAAAAUUCAGAAGGAAGCUCCCUUAGAUUGCCAGAGCUAUCUUGUCCAAGUCACCAAGUACCAGGCUGCCAGAAAUUGCAAGAAUUGGAUUGUCGGCAAGUGGAUCACACCUGGAGAGCAAAGCUGGGCUCCGAAAGGAACACAUUUCCAUCAAUUUGUUGUCCCACCAAUAUUGUCAUUUAGAAGAGACUGCACUUACGGGGAUCUUGCAGCCAUGAGACUGCCAGAGGAUGUUCAGGGGCUUGGCAAUUGCGAGUAUACUAUGGACAGAGGAGUGGUUCAUGCAUGCCACGCAGGUGGAGUGGUUCAUCUGCUUGAAGGUUGGAGUCACCAUGAAGUUGGUGCAAUAGAUGUGGACAGAAUUGAUCUGGUUUGGAAUGCUGCUUUGAAGCAUGGAUUAAAGCCUGUAUCAAGUGUUACGAAACAAAAAUUCAAUGUGAGAUGAUGAAUUUUUGUCGUAACCAAAAAUGCUCCUUUUUUUUUUUUUUAAUUUAUAUAAAGAUGGAACAAGAAUCAAAUCGUUGAUCAAGUUUCAAAUCGUUGAUCAAGUUUCAAAUCAACACCGUUAUCAUAUCUACUUUCUGAUGUCAUUUAUAUAUUAAUCAAGAAAAGCCACCAUUAGUCA